CAUUCCUCUAAGAUAAUGUUUUCAUGUCGGCAAAAGCUCGAAAUUAAGUCCAGUUGUGACUCGACGUCUAAUUGACUUGUUUGCCUCAACACAGGUCGCUUAAAUGUUUGCUGGGUAGGAUUUUUUUUCUGAAUAACUUCCUGAAUAAGUCACUCAUUUUGGAAAACAGAAGCGUAGCGCCUUUCUCCAUAAAUACCCUCCCAGCAGGCAGGAUUCUGAUCUGCUGCCUCCUCUCCUCCCUGAACGUAAACUCAACUGAUCGGACGUCAACAUGGCUAAUCCCUUCUCUGCUCUACCUGCCUGGAACCAACACAUACCUGGCCUUUGCAGAGAAGAGGACUUCCGCUGGAGACGUUGACGCAAAAUGUUUCGUGAUCAGACGGAUGACUACAAAUGAUCACCCUACAGAGUGGUCCCCCCCCAAGGAGCUGUAUGCGGAGCUGAUGAUCCCCCUGCUCCCAAACCACCGCAACAUGAACCCUUGUCCCGUGUAUGACAGCACGACCCAGACCGUCUUCCUGUUCUACAUCUGCGUCCCGCAUGGCGUCACCGAGGGUGAACAGAUCGUCACGGGGAGGAACCAGGCGCGGCUGUGCUGCGUCUCCAGCAGCGACCAGGGGGCCACGUGGGGGGCCCCUCAGGACCUGACGGUGAGCGUGAUGGGGGAGAUCAGGGUGUCCACGCUCGCUGUGGGGCCCGGCCACGGCGUCCAGCUGGACAGCGGGCGCCUGGUGGUGCCGGCGUACGCCUACCUACCCCAGCCCGGCAAAUGGGAGUCACGGGCGUUCUCCAUCUACAGCGACGACGACGGGAGCCUGUGGAAGAUGGGCAAACAGCUGGGCUCGUGGUCCAACGAGUGCGAGGUGGCGGAGGUGUUCGAUGGCGUUAAAAGCGUCCUGUGCUGCAACGCCCGCACUACAGGGUCGCCGCGGGUGCAGGCACAUAGCCGUGACGGUGGAGACACUUUCCAGAUGCCCCCGGAGAUGUCGAAGCUCCACGAGACCGGCGGCGGGUGCCAGGGCAGCAUCAUCGCCUUUCCCGCCCCCAACCAACAAGAGGGUGCGAUCAGGCAGACCUGGCUGGCGUUCAGCCACCCCACCAAUCAGAGUUCCAGGCAGGACUUGGGCGUGUCUCUGAACCGCACCCCACUGCAGUCCCACUGGGACCCCCCGAAGGUGAUCCACCGCGGGCCCAGCGGCUACUCAGACCUGGCCUACAGCCAGGAGGACCAGCGCUUCUCCUGUCUGCUGGAGUGCGGGGAGAAAAGCGAAAUCGAACAGAUCGCCUUCAUGUCCUUCACGCUGGAUGAAAUCAGGCAGACUGCCAGCUCCGCCGAAAUUUAGCCAGUGAAAAAACAUGAAAAUAAAAUAUUUAAUCUAC